AUGCUUCCGUCCACCAAGGAGACAAAGCUCACUUUGCGGUGGUCUCGGACGCUUCUGGCCCAGCCUCUUACCUUGACUGGCUUCUCGCCUUUGAGACAGGUAUCCAUGCGCUCUCGAUCGGCGACAUUCCGACAAGCUUUCACGAGGCUGUUCAACGUCGGUGGAAGCUCCACGCUUCCUUCCUGAGCUCGAGCGGUUUUCGAUGCUGACGCGGAAUCUCCUGUGGACGUCGUAAAAUGACGUCCACAUGGUGCGACCUGGCUUGUAGACCGCCUAAAACGUUCUGGCCGGGCAGCGGUCCAACGGGGGGUGUGAGCGCAAAUGACAGGCAAUGUGUACCGCAAUCGCCUGCUGCUGGUGUGGACCAUUCGCAGAGCCGACAUGAGAGCAGUCUCGCCGCGCAGAGUGGUGGCUCGAAGCAUGCCUGCAAUGAGGUGAGAAUGCUGGGAUGCUUGUCGACCAAGAAUUAAUGGGAGGACAGGAGGGAAGCCUGCGUUUGGGGUGGGGUCGGAUGUAGGUGGUGCUGCGCUCGUAUCCUUCCUGUCUGUGCAGACCUUUCAACCGCUGCAGCUAUCGGAAGCUGCUUGUGGCUACGGUCGCAGUGAGUUCUGAGCUCAACGCGACAAAUACGAUCGCCUUGCCUCUCCCUUGUCCCCUUCGCUCGGUCGAUCGAU